AAAAAAACAUCAAGGGGAAUUGUCGAUUGGUUGGACAGUCAAUUCAAUCCAUUCUCUCUCUCCUCCAAAACCACAUCUAACAAAAGUCCUGCUCCUCCGCCACCCGAGGAUAUCGUCAAAUACCACCCUUUCGAUUCUCCCCGCGGAUGCAGUUUGGUCUUGGUCAUAGUGACUUUAGUUGAUGAUGGCUUCUUCUAUGGCAAUGAGGAGAUUGGCCGUCGGCCCUGCUUUCACGCGGGCUGCUAGGUUCCCUUCUCGAGCUUUCUCCACCACUCGACCUGUUGCCCGAGUUAUCACUGGCAAUGGUCCUCUGCGAGCUAAGGAGGCCUCUCCUUUCGUGAGCAACAAAUACGCCGUCAUCGACCACGAGUAUGAUGCUCUCGUCGUUGGUGCUGGUGGUGCCGGUCUGCGAGCUGCUUUCGGUCUCGCUGAGGCUGGCUUCAACACUGCCUGUAUCUCCAAGCUUUUCCCUACUCGAUCUCACACCGUCGCCGCCCAGGGUGGUAUCAACGCUGCCCUAGGUAACAUGCACGAGGACGACUGGCGAUGGCACAUGUACGAUACCGUCAAGGGUUCCGAUUGGCUGGGUGACCAGGAUGCUAUUCACUACAUGACCCGAGAGGCUCCUGCUUCCAUUAUCGAGCUUGAGAACUACGGCUGCCCCUUCUCGCGAACUGAGGAUGGCAAGAUUUACCAGCGAGCUUUCGGUGGUCAAUCCAAGCAGUACGGAAAGGGUGGACAGGCUUACCGAUGCUGCGCUGCUGCUGACCGAACCGGCCACGCCCUUCUUCACACUCUCUACGGACAGUCUCUCCGACACAAGACCAACUACUUCAUCGAGUACUUCGCCCUCGACCUGAUUAUGCAGGAUGGUGAGUGCCGAGGUGUCCUUGCCUACAACCAGGAGGACGGCACCCUGCACCGAUUCCUCGCCAACCACACUGUUCUCGCUACUGGUGGAUACGGCCGAGCCUACUUCUCUUGCACAUCUGCCCACACCUGUACCGGUGACGGUAUGGCCAUGGUUGCCCGUGCCGGUCUCCCCAACCAGGAUCUUGAGUUCGUUCAGUUCCACCCUACCGGUAUCUACGGAGCUGGUUGCCUGAUCACUGAGGGUUCUCGUGGUGAGGGUGGUUACCUCCUCAACUCUGAGGGUGAGCGAUUCAUGGAGCGAUAUGCCCCCACCGCCAAGGAUCUUGCCUCUCGUGAUGUCGUUUCUCGAUCCAUGACCAUGGAGAUCCGUGAGGGCCGUGGUGUUGGUGCUGAGAAGGAUCACAUCUACCUCCAGCUCAGCCAUCUGCCCGCUGAGAUUCUUGCUGAGCGUCUGCCCGGUAUCUCUGAGACCGCUGGUAUCUUCGCUGGUGUUGAUGUCCGCAAGCAGCCCAUUCCCGUUCUUCCUACCGUCCACUACAACAUGGGUGGUAUUCCUACACGAUACACUGGUGAGGUUCUUACCGUUGACGAAAAGGGUGAGGACAAGGUUGUCCCUGGUCUGUACGCUUGUGGUGAGGCCGCUUGUGUGUCUGUCCACGGUGCUAACCGUCUGGGUGCCAACUCUCUUCUCGAUCUUGUUGUCUUCGGCCGUGCCGUUUCGCACACCAUUCGUGACAAGUUCAACCCCGGUGACGCCCUGAAGCCCGUUGCCGCUGAUGCUGCUUCCGACCACAUCGAGGUCCUCGACAAGGUCCGAACUGCUGAUGGUCCUAAGAGCACCGCUGAGAUCCGACUUGCCAUGCAGAAGGCUAUGCAGACUGAUGUCAGCGUUUUCCGAACCCAGGAGAGUUUGGACGAGGGUGUUCGCAAGAUGAAGGAGAUUGAUGGCAUGUACAGCCAGGUUGGCAUGAAGGAUCGCAGCAUGAUCUGGAACUCUGAUCUCGUUGAGACUCUCGAGCUCCGCAACUUGCUCACCUGCGCUAUCCAAACUGCCACCUCUGCCGCCAACCGAAAGGAGUCUCGUGGUGCUCACGCCCGCGAGGAUUUCCCCGAGCGAGAUGACGAGAACUGGAUGAAGCACACUCUUUCUUUCCAGAAGGAGCCUCACGGCAAGGUCGACCUGGCCUACCGAAAGGUCAUCGCCAACACCCUGGACGAGGCCGAGUGCAAGCCCGUGCCACCCUUCAAGCACCCGUCAAAUGUUGGUCUAAUUCAUGAAAGCUACAAGCUCGACCCAACAUCAAAGUUCUUAGGGGCACUGCACAUAAGUAAUUCAAUGAUCGAUGGGCAGAAUAACUUCGCAUCUCAGCAGCCAAACCCAACUGUCGUCCUAAGCUCAUCACCAAUCACCUUCAGGCCCUCCCUAUCCAAUAUGUGCCGUCAAGUCACCCGCGUUGCCUCGUGCUGGCUCUGUAAAUCGAGACUCGAACCUUUUGGCCGAUUCUUCCCUUGCGGUACCGUUAUCACUGCAGGGAAAAAGGGCUGCGACAUUCUGGAGCUAAAGGAAAACGUCGGCCCUGGGGAUUUGCUAUGCCAUGUGUGCCUUAAGAUUACUGAUGGGAAGAACAAGCUCAACAGGAAGCAGACUCUACCCGAGUCCCCCCAGGCGGCGGGAAGAUGUGAGUUGGCAGUGAUGGGGUAG